CAACUGCCCAGUUAUUCUCCGUGUAUCGCCACUUGUCCUCGAUCAGACAACCUCUUGCUUUCAAUGUGUUUGAUUGGAUUGAUCUCCAUGCGCGCUUGGCUUUGUCUAAAUGAACCGCUCUGACGAGCCUUCAAGUCCUUAUCAUCUCGGCCGCAUUUCGCAUGGGUCUUCUCCAUAGAAGAGGUCUCGGCUUUUGAAACCGGCCGAGGCUAGCCCAAGGCCGAUUUCAACUCGUUGCAUCAAAAGAACAGCGAGUCGUUGCUGUAAUGCCCUCCGCUGCUCCAACUUCCCAUUGAUGAUCACAGUGGUGGCGAAUCCGUCUUAUAUAUCUGUGUGCGACUUGUGUGCUCAAUCCAGAGUCGACUCGAGUGCAGAUGUGUGCAUGAAUCAAAUGAAGCCGCCAGGCCGCCUGCCAAGAGCUGGAUAGGCACGAGUGUGCUAGGCGGCGUCACGUUUGUGAGCCGCGCCGCACCCGGGUGGACGCGGCCCCCUCUCCGCUCGCAUGCCGGUUUGCUCUCUAACUUUUUCCCGCCGGCGGGACGCUGACUUGGACGUACAUGCCAUCGCGCUGCUCGCCGGCACAUCGCCCGCAACUUGGCCCUCGCCGGAAUAUGUCACGCUUACGGUAAUCCCAGACAGCGUCACUGCGGGCCAUGACAUCUAGCGAGAUCACAAGCCGUCGUCUGCAUCGCACGCCCGUUGGCAACCUCCCCACUCCACUCCACUCCGCUGGGUGCCAAUGCCAUCCACGUUCGCCCCUCGAGAUGUCGAUGCAGGGCUCGACGACGCGGACAUCCACCAGCUGAAGAUCGUAUUUUUGAAUGUGGGGGCCGCGGCGGGCUCGUAUGGGCUGUUUCUUUCAUUGGGGGCCAUGUCGAGCUACACGCUGAUUCGGAAGGGUCUGCGCGGGAAUAUCGCGAGACAAGCGCUUCUGGCAAUCACCGUCACGAUGCUUCUCGCUGCGACAGCGCACCUGGGGAUGUACAUGGGCUUCAUCCUGCUCCAGUUUCGGACAUUGGCGGCGCAGUACACCGACCCGUCCGCGAUUACUCGGCGCCUCAACAUUGCGCAGACGUGUUUGAGGAGAUUGACCUACUUCCUCAGCGACAUCAUCGUCGUCUGGCGCGCGUGGGUGAUUUGGCGCAAUCACCGCAUCAUCCAUGCCGUUCUCGCUUUCUGUCUCGUCGCGACAGGGGCGACGUCUCUCACGCUGAUGGUGUUCAACUUCAGAACCCAGUUCGACGGUGUGCGAUACCCGAGACUGACGCAAAACUUUCUGGGGACGCUGGGACUGCUGUUCACCAACUUCCUCUCGACGGCGCUGAUCAGCUACAAAUUAUGGUACUACCGGCGGAAUGUUAAGCAGUACCUGAAUCGAUCCGACAAAGAGCAUACCACGGUGGAGAGCGUCUUGAUUUUGCUGAUGGAGACGGGUGGACUGUACUGCGCCUUCUGGGUGAGGGGGAUUUCUUCUCGCCUCCUCUCUGUUCAUAGCUCAACUUCCUUGCUCUCUUCGAUAAAGAUCCUGCUAAUGCUCGGUGACUUUGGCUAUUACGGUCCCGAUUUCGGCUUCGAAUGGUUCCAGCCCAACAUCUCCGGGAUCUACCCCACCAUCAUCAUUUACAUGGUCUCGCGAAAAAUGAUGGUCACAGAUGAAGCGCUUUCCAACGGAUCUGACGCCACCACAAAUUCAGAUCGCACAGUCUGGUUCCGAGGAGCCACGCACUCCGAGCCUCCGUCGCUGCUGUGCAGGACGAACACAAAUGAAUCCGGGCUCGUUAUGAGCCCAUUGCAGACAGUCAAACACACGAUGACUGUGUAAAUCCAUAUACCAUAUCUCCAUGUAAUUUGACGGACCACCAAAACUGACCGAAGUGCUGCUGGAUGUAUUCAAUAGGUUUACGAAAUGCGGCCACUCCAAACAAUGCAAGAAACUGAAGACACAUCGUAUCUCUGUUUCACUUGACCGUCUAAGCGGGGAUCCACCCGAUUGUCGUCAAAUCCGUUCAUCCCUUAUUUUUUUGGCCGAACUGUUUCCCAGGAUCCUAAUUGUGACCCGAUGGAUAGUCUAUGCUUGAUGUCCAAGUACCA